AUGCUGUUUCGCUGGAGCCUCCUUAGCUUGGCAUUGCCGACAACUAUCCUUGCAACCUCUCUCGACACCAGAGGUUCGGGUGACGUUGCAAGUCUCAAAUGUCUUGUGAUUGAGAUCGUGGUGGAUCUGCUGCGCGACAGUCCCACGGCUACCCAAUUUUGCGAAUCCUUGCUUGCUCCUACAACAACAACCACGACUACGUAUACCAAAACACACUCUAGCUGUGCUUACACGAAUUCAGCGCAUCAGACGAUGGUCGAUGCCCAAUCGAACAUCGGUGCGGCUGCCCAGAUUACUGCGGCACCUGAAAUCUUGCCAACACCCGCGGCGUUGCUGCCGUAUCCUAGUUCCGAAAUUAGCGAAGCUUGUAAAUGCCUUAGCAUCCCGUCGUCCGACCUAACAACCCGCACCUCGACGAAGACGGCUACAUCCACGACCACACUCUGCCCGGUUCCCACGACCUGUGGGAACGAGGGUGUCCAAUGGGCAUAUUACCAAGACAGUACAAUUCAGUACAACAGUGUUGUAUGCAGCGGUCGCCCCUAUACCUGGGAUCCGACGGAUAUUAAGAGCAAGAAUCCUCCCUACACGAGUACAACUUCGUAUAUCUUCCUAGAGAGCGACGGUAGUACAUAUAUCUCGAUCUACGGUUCCACUACAGAAUUCGAGACACAAUACAUCGCUCUCAACCACCGCGGGUACAUAUACGCCGAAGUCUCCGGCGACUACACGUUUACCUCUCCGGGAGUGGAUGAUAUUAUUUUCUUCUGGAGCGGUCCCAAGGCCGUUUCAGGAUGGACUGAAUCUAACGCCGAUGCAACCAAUUACUACUGUGGGCCAGGAGCAUCAUUCAACAUGCCGCUUCUCUCGGGGCAGUACUAUCCAUUCCGUAUUGUGUAUGCCAAUGCGGAGACCAAUUCCUUCGAGAACAUUACUAUCACUGCCCCUGACGGUACAGUCAUCCUCGGCGCGACCUCCCCGGCGUCGCCAUACAUAGUGCAGUAUUCCUGUGAUGGCACUUCGGCUCCGCCAUUUCCGGCUUUUGGAGAUGAGUCCUAA